GCUUAUCUUAUCCAUCACUGAUUUCUUCUCUCAAAGUUCUGUAACCUUUUAAAUUUCCUUCCACUUUUCUUCUUCUACAUCUCCGAUUUCUGUUCGACAAUGGCCGAUAAGGAUCUGAAGAACACGAUGAGAAGGAGAAUGGCCUCUAUUUCCAGUCAUCUCUCUCCAAUCUCACCGGCUCCAAAUCGCGACUUGAUCCGCUUAUCCGGCGCCUCAAUGAACGACAGCUACCACCGCAAACACGGCGCCGUUCCGACUCACCCCGUCGUUUGGCGCAUCUCCGGCGACGACUCCGGCCAGGAAUUCACCGACAUCAUCUACGAGAAGGCCGUGGGAGAAGCCAUUGCGAAGAUCACGAUCAAUAGGCCGGAGAGAAGAAACGCUUUCCGGCCGCUAACAAUCAAGGAGCUUCUCCGUGCGUUUAAUGAUGCCAGAGACGAUAGUUCCAUCGGAGUCAUUAUUCUCACUGGAAAGGGAACAGAGGCGUUUUGCAGUGGAGGAGAUCAGAGUUUGAGAAAGAAAGACGGUUAUGUCGAUUUCGAAGAUUUUGGUCGUCUUAACGUGUUGGAUUUACAGGUCCAGAUUCGUCGUCUUCCAAAACCAGUCAUCGCAAUGGUGGCAGGUUAUGCUGUUGGAGGAGGCCACAUUUUGCACAUGGUUUGUGAUUUAACCAUUGCUGCAGAAAAUGCUAUAUUUGGUCAAACAGGUCCUAAGGUGGGAAGUUUUGAUGCUGGCUAUGGGAGCUCUAUCAUGUCCCGUUUGGUUGGACCCAAGAAGGCACGAGAGAUGUGGUUUCUGACCAGAUUCUACUCGGCUUCUGAAGCAGACAAAAUGGGACUCGUCAACACCGUAGUUCCGUUGGAUAAGCUGGAGCAAGAAACGAUCAAAUGGUGCAGAGAGAUUCUAAGGAACAGUCCGACUGCAAUCCGGCUGUUGAAAUCGGCUUUAAACGCCGUCGACGAUGGACACGCCGGACUUCAGGCACUGGCCGGCGACGCCACGCUAAUGUUUUACGGUACAGAAGAGAGCAGCGAAGGAAGAGUGGCGUAUAUGGAACGUAGGCCCCCAGACUUCUCUAAAUUUCCAAGAAAGCCUUAGAUUUCAAACGCUAUUUUAAUUUCAAUUUCUUGCCGUGGUUUAAUAUUAUUGUAUCUCGAUUGUAAGGCAAAAUGUGACAUGAAUAUUCGAACGCUCAAUCUUUUCGUCGGGUGUGUCUUGUUCGUUAGAUAUCCAAUAUAUAAAUUAUAUAUAAAAUUAAGUUUAUUCGACCCA